AAUUUACAUAAUUAUUAUUUGGGUGGCUUCGGUUUUCCUCUGCACCCUUUGUUUGACUGUGUAGUGACAUUGUGGAUAAUUUCUAUGCGAUUCUUUUUUGCUACAUUCAAAUUUUAAAAGUAUUUAUCGGUUCACUUCUCUCUCAUCAUUUGUUCAUCAGCAGCAUCAUGGUCCUCUGUGCCCUGAACAGACAGCUCCUGAGGAGCAGCAGCAGCUGUUGUGUUUUCAUGGCCAGGCUGCAGACAUCGAGCCGCCGCCGCCGCUGCCUUUACUCCAGCACCCAUGGCUUCAACCAGGAGGAGACCAGACAGAAGCUGCGGGCCUUCCCUGGAGGCUCCGUCGACCUGCUGAAGCAGGACUCCGGCGUCGCUGUGCUGACCAUCAACAACCCCGCUCGCAUGAACGCCUUCUCCGGCAGCAUGAUGGUGGACCUGGAGGAGAAGGUGAGCCAGCUGGAAAGCUGGACUGAAGGUAAAGGCCUCGUCGUUCGGGGCGCUGCCGAGACAUUCUGCUCCGGGUCCGACCUCAACGCAGUCCGAGCAAUAUCCAGCCCCCAGGACGGGAUGAAAAUGUGCAUGUUCAUGCAGGACGCUCUCACAAGACUACUCAGGCUGCCCCUGGUCUCUGUUGCCCUGGUGGAGGGCAGAGCCUUGGGAGGAGGUGCAGAACUCACCACCGCCUGCAAUUUUAGAUUAAUGGCACCAGGCAGCGUGAUCCAGUUUGUCCACAAACACAUCGGUCUGGUUCCAGGCUGGGGCGGCGCUGCGCGACUCGUCCGCAUCGUUGGAAGCCAGAAUGCUCUCAAGCUGCUUGGCGGCGCCGUGAAAGUGGACCCUGAACGCGGCCUUUACGUCGGACUGGCAGACGGAGUCCUGGAGGCCGACGGGGACGCCCCAAGUGCCGGCACCCCCCUGCAGCAGGCCGAAGACUGGCUCCGCCGCUACACUGAAGGACCAGUCCCUGUGAUCCAGGCGGUGAAAAAAGUAGUUCUGGCAGGAAGAGAACUCCCCCUGCUCGAGGCUCUGCAGACGGAGAAGGAGGUGUUUGGGACGGUGUGGGGCGCUCCGGCUAAUUUGCGAGCCUUGGCCAGCAAGUCCAAGCACAAAUAACUUGGCCCCAGCGUCCUGAGAUUUGUCCAGAUUAGCAAAGAUCAGCGUGUGCUGCUUCUGGGUCGGAUUCAGUGAGAUGAGGCUGAUUGGUGUUUGAUGUUUCCAAACUUUUGGUUCACUGAAACCAUUUUAAAGCUGCAGUAUGUAACUUUUACAAAAAAAAGUAAAUAUUUUUUAUAUAUUUGUUGAAACUGUCACCAUGUUAUGAAGGUAUAGUAUGAGACAGAUAAUCUGUGAAAAAAAUCGAGCGCUGUCCUUGUCCCAUUGCGAUCUUCAAACAACCAAUCAGAGCGUGGAGGCGGGUCUUAGUGCUGUCAAUCAUAGCCAUGUGUGAGCAUAUUGCGAAUGCUAAGGCUAGUUAGCAUGACCAACCGAUGACGGCGGAUAAAGUGUUUUCCUGUAAUGGUAAGUUGUUUCUCCACCAUUCAUGUUUAAAUGGAUAAUACAGAAUGGGAGUUUAAUUUUUUUUUUUUUUUUGUGAAAAUCUGUUUGCGUAUGCCAGUUGCAAGAUAUUCUGAGUGACAAACAUCAUCAAUGUCUGCAUAUCAUUCCUCCUACAUUAGACCAGAGCAACCUUUUAACUCACAGGGUUUGGAUUGUGCUCCGAGCAUCAUCAGAUUUCUGCAACGAGCCAAAGUGAAAUCCCAGAGACGUGGUGUGUGUAUGAAUAAUUUUCAUUCGCGGAUCUAUCCAAGCAGUGCUCGAAAACCACAGAUGUGCUCAAACUGCAGCAGCAGGACGGACCCCUGGCAGCCGGCAGACCUUUAUCUCGUGCUGCUGUUCCAGAGGUCGCGUUUCCUGGCGGAGGUCCCAGAGAGAGCGUUCAAAAUGCGCCGUGAGCAGAAUACCAAACGCCUACAAGGUGAACAGAAAGUCCUGGUGAAUAGCAGCCCACCAUGGAUGUAUCCUCCCAGGAAAGCUGAACAAUGUGGCAAUGAUGAACUUAAACUAUAUGAACGCAUCAAGAGACUUUUCAGUGUCACGCAUAAAAUGAAUCACUCUUAUUAAAAAAAAAAAA